UAAAUUCGGAAAGUGAUUAAAGGAGCUACAUAUAUAUAUAUAUAUAAAUAAAUAGGUUUUGAAUUAUCACAAAAUGAUUUCUGUACCUGCUUUGCAAAGAGUUGCAAUGACGUUUACUGGUAAAUCAUAUUUUCGAACUAUCAGUAAAAGUUCCUCCGAUAAAUCUAUAAACAUAAAUGUAAUGGAAGAAAAUGACAUGCCAAUCCAAAUUGAAAAUCCCUAUGUAAAAGAAAAACGGAAGUGUAUUCUUUGCAAAUUAGCCAUUGAACUAGAUUAUAAAAAUGUAAGGUUACUUUCACAAUUUCAAAGUCGAUAUACAGGCAGGAUAUAUGGAAGACACAUAACUGGAUUAUGUAAACACAAACAGAUGAGAUUGGAACAAGAAAUUGCAAAAGCUCAAAGUGCAGGUUUAAUGGGUUACUGGACAAAAGAACCAGAAUAUGUUAAAGAUCCAAAAUUGUUUGAUCCAAAUCAUCCAUUUAGACCACAUAAAUAUUAAACAAGAAUUAAUAUAGUAUAUACAUAUGUGUAUGUUAUAUACAAACACUUGAUAAAUAAGACAAUUAUAAUUGCAUCAACAUCAA